AUGACGUACUCCGGCCCAUUUAACAUCCCCGAACGGACGAAAGACCAACUCGGAUUGGAGAACAGUUGGGAAAGGCUUAAGAGGGAGGCUGAGAUUCGGCGAGUCUUAGAGCUGAUAAGUGUUGCAGGUCAAUGGAGGAGAGCUUGGGAGAGGGCUAACCGCAGGAAGUGGAAGGGAUGCCUCUGGAAACGCGAAACUCAUUUUAGGGUUGUAAUGGGAGCUCUUGAGAAACGACUUACUUCAAUACAAUGGAAGGCAGGAUGGCAAUCCGCCCAUUCCGGUGUGUGCGUUAAGGGUACUGGAAAAGCUGAAGGCAUGGCUGUAGAUGAGGUUGUGAUUGGUUCUGGGGAUAGGAAAAGGAAGUCCAGAAGAGAGGCAGAACGUAAUGUCAUUGUAUUAUCUUCUGAUUCUGAAAGGGAAGAAAAGCAUGGUAAAGAAUUUGAUAAGUGUAAGAAGAGGCAAAUGACUAAGAAAGGACCAAGUACAACUGUUGAAGAAAGGGAAGAGAGGGACGGCACAGGAUGCAAUAAGCUGGAUGAGAGUAGAAAGAAGCAAUAUGGACCAAGUGGCAUUGUGAAAGAAAGGAGCUCGGACUGGAAAGGAAAAGAAGUAAUGGUAGAGGAUGAAGAUGACCACAUUUCUAUUUCAUCUGAUAAGGAAAGGUAA